CUGGAAUCCCUGCAUGCCAACGGCUGGACUUUACAACUUUCACCCCCAUCGGCGCAAACGCAAACAGAACCUUACAAGAAGGAGAACGAAAUACAAGUACAUAUCCAACAGCCUGUGAACAACCUCGUUCACGCGCUGAACACAGCCCGCAAUGUCAAUUCCAGGCCUCGGUCAGAUAGCCCCGCAGGUAAACGAACCCAAGCUCUCGCGCGGACAUGCUUCGUAUAACCCCAGGCGCGCACGUGUAUCCAACGGCAUCACCAUCUCCUCACAAGCCAUUAUUAUCCAUAGGCACACUCGUGACCCGAGAUCACAACCAGCUAACCAUCGCCUGCCAUUUGCCCGUUUUCGGUAAUCCAGGCUCCCACAACCACCCAGCGGACCAUUAACCUCCGACCGUUCGGCGAAUGGCGCUUCUCCAUCCCCCACCAACACAGCACCUUCUCAUCGAACUCCUCCGCCGCCGGAGUCACCGUCCGCCUCGUCGCCGGCACUGCUGAGCGCGAUGGCACUGAGCUCGCGCCCAACUGCGUCUACACAUUUCUCCCCGGCACCAAAUCAAAGCUCUUCACCGAUCAAGGAUGCACUCUGGAGAUCAACAACACGGGCGGCUACCCCCUCGAGGACCGCGUGGUUGAACACCCGCCGGAACAGUCGCCCAUGCUUAGCUAUAUCAACCUCCACUUUGGCCUCCAAGACCACGAGCGUGCCGCGGCCGCUCAGGCACAACAACAACAUCCUACACACCACCAGCAGCAGCAACAAGGGAGAGGAGCAGGAGCAGGAGUAGCGAGGUCAAAACCCGGGCCAAGAGUGCUGAUCUGUGGUCCACCCGGCGUCGGCAAGACCUCGCUGGCGAAGCUCCUCGCUGCCCUCGCCACGCGCAUGGGCUCUCAGCCGCUGGUAGCCAAUCUGAACCCGACCGACGGGCUGCUGUGUCUACCCGGAACGCUGGGUGCGGCCGUGUUCGGCACGUUGAUGGACGUGGAGGAGCCGGCGGGUGGGUUUGGCGUGACGAACACGCCGAUCAGCGGUCCCAGCGCGGUGCCAGUCAAGAACCCGCUCACAUUUUACUUUGGACACGAGAAGGUGGAGGACGACGUGGACAUGUGGAGGCAGAUGACGGAGCGGCUGGCGGUGUUGGCCAGGCGCAAGUUUGAGAGGAAUCGGGAUGUGAGGGUGGCGGGGUUGUUGGUUGAUACGGCGCCGGUGGAGGCGGGGGACAAAGAGGGGCAGGAGCUGUUGGGGUGGGCGGUUAGGCAGUUUGAUGCAAACUUCGUUGUGGUGCUAGGCUCUGAACAGCUAAAGACAGAACUUGGGCAGCGGUUCGCAAGCGAGAAGACGAGCUUUGAAGAGCCGAUUACUGUCCUCGGGUUAGACAAGUCGGAUGGUGCUGUACAGAUUGACAAGGCGUGGAGGCAGAAGUCUACAGAGACGGCGAUUAAGGAAUACUUCUUUGGUGGCAUUAAGGCGCGCUUGAGCCCCUUUACACAGUCAGCCAGUUUCGACGAACUAGUCGUUUUCAAGGCGCCUGACGAACCCUAUGAAGGCGCCCCAGUCCUCGAGCGAGUCGAAAUCACCCCCGAAAUGGCCCACUGGACGCUAGCAGUCAUGAUCGCUUCCGUGACCGACUCGCCGCAAGCCAUCCGCUUUUCCUCGGUCCUGGGCUUCAUCGUCAUCGCCGACGUGGACCAGGAGCGCAGGCGGGUCAAGUUCCUGUCGCCGGUCAGCGGUCGGCUGGGCAACCACCCGCUGAUAUGGGGACGCUGGCCGGAACCGUAUCUCAACCUCCUGGCGUAGGCUCGCCGAAACGUGAUACGGGUACGGAUGAGAGAUGGUGGUCACCAAUUGAGCCUGCAAGAGACAAAUGAUCUCCGGGUUUGCUUGAAGGUGUGGCAAAAAUUGACGGAUACGGCUGGCGUUGGGUUGGGCUUCGAGAUGGAAAAUGGUGAAAAUGGCAUGUAAAGGUGUUUGUUGUUAUUCUUGCUUUUGGGUGUCUUUUGACUAGCAUGAGAGUGAGCGGGAACAGAUUUGGUACCUUGUUAUUCUCCUUUGGUGGCUUGUUUGAUUCUUGUUGAACAUUGUUAUUGGUACUUGAAAACGCAAGGCAUCAGUCAGUUGUAUGCUUUUUGCAACACUCAUAUCUACCAGUCACUCAUUGAUAUGGGUUUCGUGGUAGAGAGCAUGAUUUUUGGUCUCUUGAGAGUUUUGAACGUUCUGCUCGAAAUGGAGAGUUCCUAACCAGCUUCAGAAAGUAAUCGUACUAUAUCAGCAAAGCUC